AUGGAGUUCUCCCUCGCCCAGAUAGGCCCCCAAGGGAGCCGAAACGUCCCUGCCCCAACCUUCAGCACCUUCCAGCCAGUGAGCCUGACCCACCGGAGCUGUCAGGGUGUGGAACUACUUCCGGGACCCAGACUCCAGGCCCUGAAAACCAAAGAGGCAGAACCCAUCUCCAGGAACCUUGUUGUCCAGGCUGCGGCAUCUCUCCAGGUCCCGGGAGCUGCCUCCAAGCCAGAGGACACUGGGCAGGCUGAGGAGGUGCCCAGGGAAGGAGGCCUCUCCCUGCAAGAUGAGACCCGGGCUUGGUUCCAAAAGACCCAGGCCCACUGGCUCCUGCAGCACGGGGCAGCCCCCACCUGGUUUCAUGGCUUCAUCACCCGGAGGGAGGCCGAGAGGCUGCUGGAGACCCAGCCUCAGGGAUGCUACCUGGUGCGAUUCAGCGAAAGCGCCGUGACCUUUGUGCUGACUUACAGGAGCCGUACUUGCUGCCGCCACUUCCUACUGGCCCAGCUUGGGGACGGACGCCACGUGGUGCUGGGUGAAGACAGCGCCCACGCGCGGCUGCAAGACUUGCUGCAGCACUACACCGCCUGCCCACUCAGCCCCUACGGGGAGACGCUCACCCAGCCCCUCGCGCGCCAGACUCCACAGCCCGCGGGACUUCCCCUAAAAAGUGAAGAACCACACUCUAGAAGCAAAAACCAGGAACCACACCCCCAAUAUAGUUCAGUCCUCAAAAAGGAGCAGCCCGCAGCCCCCACGCAGAAAGAGGAGACCAGUGAGCCCAAAGAGCCCUCGCAGCCGCCCAGACCCAAGCCUCCCCUUCCCGCCAAGCCUCAGCUGCCCCCGGAAGUCUACACAAGUCCUGCUCCCAGGCCUGGUCGGGUUCCUCCGAAACCUCGUCCGACGCCGCCCCCCAAACCCUCCAACCCCAUCUACAACGAGCCUGAUGAACCCAUUGCUUUCUAUGCCAUGGGCCGGGGCAGCCCCGGGGAGGCCCCUAGCAACAUCUACGCGGAGGUGGAGGGGCUCUCAGGGACCGAGGGCCCGCCAUGGCGCGGGGCCGUGCGGAAGUGCCGCUCCAGGCUUGCCCCAGGAAGCCAGAAUCCAGGUGAACAGAAACUGCGUUCUGAGAACUCUGUGGCUGGACAAGGCCCUCCCCUUGUGCCCCGCUGUGGGCACACCCUGCCCCACAACCUUUCUAAACUGGUGCUUCAAGGUCAGGCAUGGCUCCACCUGGGACCUCCUCAGUAGCUGGUGAGUCAGAGCUGGGGAGGACUUGGAACAUCAGGUCCAGAAA